GCGCGCGCGCGGUGACAGGGGCGGGAGGGCGCGCGGUGGCGGCGGCGGCGGCCGGUGUAGCGGCGGCGCCGGGCGCGGGGCCGGGUGUGCGCGGCGGCGCUGGCGCUCGGCGACCCAGGGGCCCGUGCCCCGCGCCCCGCGCUCGGCCCCGCUCUCCGGCCGGCUGCGGGCGCGCAGGAGCAGGCCCCGCUAGACGGGCGUCCCAGGCCGCGGGCAGCGCCCACUGGCGGCCGCCACCGGGCCCCGCCGCCGGGCGGGCUCUGACGCAGCGGAGGCGCGGCUCGGGCGCCGCACGAGGGACCGGCGGGCGGCUCGGGGCUGCGGGCACUUCCCUGGGCGCGGGCCGGGCGGCGCAGCAGCUCCAAAAGCAGCGCGGGCCAGCGCCGCGGUCGGGCGCCAUCCGGAGGGGCCCCGGGCCGGCCCGGCGGGACGCGCACGGUCCUCUGCACGGGCCGCGGGGCGCGCUCGGGAGGCGGGAGGUCGCCGCUGGGGCCCGGGGCGCGUGUCCACGAGGGUCCCCUCCGUGCGCCGCGCGCGGUUCGUCUCGCCUACUGGUCCCGGGCAGCCGCGCCGGGAGGGUGGCCCGCACCGACAACAUGGCCUCUCCGCCCCACCAGCAGCUGCUGCCGCACCACGGCACCGAGGUGAGCUGUGGCUCCAGCGGCGACAGCAACAGCGUGCGGGUCAAGAUCAACCCCAAGCAGCUGUCCUCCGGCAGCCACCCCAAGCACUGCAAGUACAGCAUCUCCUCGAGCUGCAGCAGCUCGGGCGACUCCGGGGGGCUGCCGCGCAGGGUGGGCGGCGGGGCCCGGCUGCGCCGCCAGAGGAAGCUGCCGCAGCUGUUCGAGAGGGCCUCCAGCCGCUGGUGGGACCUCAAGUUCGACUCGGUGAACCUGGAGGAGGCCUGCCUGGAGCGUUGCUUCCCGCAGACCCGGCGCCGCUUCCAGUGCGCGCUCUUCUACAUCGGCUUCGCCUGCCUGCUCUGGAGCAUCUACUUUGCGGUGCACAUGCGGCCCAAGCUGGUGGUCAUGGUGGCCCCCGCGCUGUGCUUCCUCGUGGUGUGCGUGGGCUUCUUUCUGUUCACCUUCACCAAGCUGUACGCCCGGCACUACGUGUGGACCUCGCUGGUCCUCACGCUCCUGGUGGCCGCCCUGACCCUGGCUGCCCAGAUCCAGGUGCCGACCCCGGGCUGGAGGCGGGCAGCCAGCUCCAACCUCACACGGGCAGCCAGGCCCGCAGACACCUGCCUGUCUCAGGUGGGGAGCUUCUCCAUGUGCAUCGAAGUGCUCUUCCUGCUCUACACUGUCAUGCACUUACCUCUGUACCUGAGUGUGUUUUUGGGGGUGACUUACUCCGUCCUCUUCGAGACCUUGGGCUAUCAUUUCCAGAGCCAGGAGUGUUUCCCCUGGGCGGGCGGAGCGGCCCCGCACUGGGAGCUGCUGAGCCGGGCGCUGCUGCAUGUGUGCGUGCACGCCAUCGGCACCCACCUGUUCGUCAUGUCCCAGGUGAGGUCCAGGAGCACCUUCCUCAAGGUGGGCCAGUCCAUCAUGCACGGAAAGGACCUGGAGGUGGAGAAGGCCCUCAAAGAGAGGAUGAUCCACUCGGUGAUGCCGAGAAUCAUCGCAGACGACUUGAUGAGGCAGGGGGAUGAGGAGAGUGAGAACUCUGUGAAAAGGCAUGUCACCUCCAGCCCCAAGAACAGGAAGAAGAAACUGUCCAUCCAGAAAGCCCCCAUUGCUUUCCGCCCGUUCAAGAUGCAGCAGAUUGAAGAAGUCAGUAUCCUCUUUGCGGAUAUCGUGGGCUUCACCAAGAUGAGCGCCAACAAGUCUGCUCAUGCCCUGGUGGGUCUCCUGAACGAUCUCUUUGGCCGUUUUGAUCGCCUGUGCGAGGAGACCAAGUGUGAGAAAAUCAGCACUCUGGGAGACUGCUACUACUGUGUGGCGGGGUGUCCUGAGCCUCGUGCCGACCAUGCCUACUGCUGCAUUGAGAUGGGCUUGGGCAUGAUCAGAGCCAUCGAGCAGUUCUGCCAGGAGAAGAAAGAGAUGGUGAACAUGCGUGUCGGGGUCCACACGGGGACCGUGCUCUGUGGCAUCUUGGGCAUGAGGAGGUUCAAGUUUGAUGUGUGGUCCAACGACGUGAACCUGGCCAACCUCAUGGAGCAACUGGGAGUGGCAGGCAAGGUUCACAUUUCCGAGGCCACUGCAAAAUAUCUGGACGACCGGUAUGAGAUGGAAGACGGAAAGGUCUUUGAACGCCUCGGCCAGAGCGUGGUGGCUGACCAGUUGAAAGGUUUGAAGACAUACCUGAUAGCGGGUCAGAGAGCGAAGGAGUCUCAUUGCGGCUGCACAGAGGCCUUGCUUUCUGGCCUUGAGGUCUUUGAUGGCUCACGGGUGUCCUCGGGCCCCAGGGGCCAGGGGACAGCAUCGCCAGGGAGCGCCAGUGACUUGGCGCAGACUGUCAAAACCUUUGAUAACCUUAAGACCUGCCCUGCAUGUGGAACCACAUUUGCCCCCAAACUGGACGCUGGUGCAGAUGGGGGAGCAGUCCAGAACGGCUGUCAAGAGGAGCACAGAAACAGCACCAAGGUAACGAGCUCUUGGUUGUGGUUCCUGUCACUUCCUCUCCUGGCGCAUCCACCCAAGGCUUCUGGAGGACCCAACUCCAAAGCUCAGAAUGGACUCCUGAGCCCACCCCAGGAGGAGAAGCUUACCAACAGUCAGACGUCCCUGUCUGAGAUUCUGCAGGAGAAGGGACGGUGGGCGGGUGUGAGCUUGGACCAGUCAGCACUCCUGCCCCUGAGGUUCAAGAACAUCCGGGAAAAGACUGACGCCCACUUCGUGGACGUAAUCAAAGAAGACAGCCUGAUGAAAGACUAUUUUUUUAAGCCACCCAUCAACCAGUUCAGCCUGAACUUCCUGGAUCAGGAGCUGGAGUGCGCCUACCGGACCAGCUAUCAGCAAGAGGUCAUCAGGAACUCCCCUGUGAAGACUUUUGCCAGCGCCACCUUCAGCUCCCUCCUCGAUGUAUUUCUGUCCACAAUCGUGUUCCUGAUUCUGUCCAUCACCUGCUUCCUGAAGUAUGGGGCCGCCACCACACAGCCCCCACCAGCCGCCCUGGCCGUCUUCGGGGCGGCCCUGCUGCUGGAGGUGCUGUCCCUGCUGGCCUCCAUCAGGAUGGUGUUCUUCCCUGACAGCGUCCUAGCCUGCACCAAACGCCUGCUGGAGUGGAUAGCUGGCUGGCUCCCACGCCACCUCAUCGGGGCCAUCCUGGUGUCGUUGCCUGCGCUGGCCGUCUACUCACACAUCACUUCCAAAUUUGAGACAGACGUACAUUUCACCGUGUUCACGGGAUCGGCCAUGCUUGUCGCUGUGGCGCACUACUGCAACUUCUGCCAGCUCAGCUGCUGGAUGAGGUCAUCCCUGGCCACCGUGGUUGGGGCUGGGCCCCUGCUGCUGCUCUACAUCUCCCUGUGCCCCGACAGUUCCAUAAUAAUUCCACACCUCUAUGCAGCACAGAAUUUCAGUGCCGAGAGGAUCCCCUGCAAUAGCUCCCUCCUGCGGGACAGCAGGCGCCCAGCCAGCCAGGUGGGCCAGGAGGUGGCCCUUGUCGUCUUCCUCCUCCUGCUGCUGGUCUGGUUCCUGAACCGUGAGUUUGAAGUCAGCUACCGCCUUCACUACCACGGCGAUGUGGAGGCUGACCUCCACCGCACCAAGAUCCAGAGCAUGCGGGACCAGGCUGACUGGCUGCUGAGAAACAUCAUCCCCUACCACGUAGCCGAGCAGCUCAAGGUCUCCCAGACUUACUCCAAGAACCACGACAACGGAGCCGUCAUCUUCGCCAGCAUCGUCAACUUCAGCGAGUUCUACGAGGAGAACUAUGAGGGUGGCAAGGAGUGCUACCGGGUGCUCAAUGAGCUCAUCGGGGACUUUGACGAGCUCCUCAGCAAGCCUGACUACAGCAACAUUGAGAAGAUCAAGACCAUCGGGGCCACAUACAUGGCGGCGGCGGGGCUGAAUGCCACGCAGGCCCGGGACAGCAGCCACCCGCAGGAGCACCUGCAGACGCUGUUCGAGUUCGCCAAGGAGAUGAUGCGCGUGGUGGACGACUUCAACAACAACAUGCUGUGGUUCAACUUCAAGCUCCGCGUGGGCUUCAACCACGGGCCGCUCACGGCCGGCGUCAUCGGCACCACCAAGCUGCUGUACGACAUCUGGGGGGACACGGUCAACAUCGCCAGUAGGAUGGACACCACGGGGGUAGAGUGCCGCAUCCAGGUGAGCGAGGAGAGCUACCGUGUCCUGAGCAAGAUGGGCUACGACUUCGACUACCGAGGCACGGUGAACGUCAAGGGGAAGGGGCAGAUGAAGACCUACCUCUACCCCAAGUGCACGGACAAUGGGGUGGUGCCGCACCACCAGCUGUCCAUCUCCCCCGACAUCCGGGUUCAGGUGGACGGCAGCAUUGGACGCUCCCCCACGGAUGAGAUCGCCAACCUGGUGCCUUCUGUACAGACCCCUGACCCCCACACACAGGCCAAGGAUGCUUACCCGCCCCCCAGGAGACCCUGGAAGGAGCCCAGCAAGGCCGAGGAGAGGUGUCGAUUUGGCAAAGCCACAGAGAGAAGCGACUGGGAAGACGUGGGGCCAGAAGAAGCCAGUGAGCUCACCAAGCUCAACGUCUCCAAGAGCGUGUGAGGGGCGAUGCCGUCCGUCCGAGGCCCGCGGUGCUCUUCAUCCAAACAAUAAAACUCCACCUGGCUGCUGCGCUCUCUGCCCCGACCAGGCGUCAAGAGGUCACCGCAGCCCAAACUUCUGUCUGGAUCACAGUUAUUCAGGGUUCAUUUUACCCAUUGCCCCCACCCCCGCUCCCCACCCCUGACAUCCGGCAGUGCGGAGAACAAGUGCCUUCCGGGGCAGCCUUGGCCUUGGAGUCUGGGGACAGGCCGCCAGUGGAGAUGCGGCAUGGGUGACUCCCAACACACAGCGUGCUGCAUCACUCGUAUUGCUCUUUCUUGUGAGACACCUCCCUUCCCGUCAAUACGAGGUUUCUUUUUUUUGUUUGUUUUUUCUUGUUUUGUUUUGUUUUGUUUUGUUUUUCUGUACACACAAUAGUAUUUUCAAAUUACCUGACCUAACACGUGUACACACACACACUUGCAUCAGUGAAUCUGAGGUGAAGGGCCAGCACCCACCAAGUGAGCAUGGCUGGGGUUGGGGGUGCUGGGUGAGGGGCAGCCUGGGGGGUGUGGACUAGCUGUCUAGGGCUCUCCCCUCACACCUGCCAACAGCUAGGCUCAGGAGUCAGGCCUCGGGUGUUGGAAAGCUGGGUUUCUUUCCAGCCCUGCAGUGAGGAGUCUUUCAGUGGGAGCCAAGGGGUUUGUCUUUGAAGCUGGCUUGUAUGAGAGAGGAGGAUACAACAUAAAUGUCCUAGUGUUGUGCUUAUUUAUUUAUUUAUUUGUCAGGAACUGGGGUGGAGGGACACUCAUUCCAGUGCAGGGAGAUAGGCCCUGAGGUGGCUGAGACCAGAGAAGUGACGAGAUGUCCUUGGUGCUCCAGCCACAUGGGGCCACCUCUCCUGCCAGAGACUGUGUACCCUGGGCCCCAGAAUCUCUGAGUUUUUAAAACCCAACGAUGCUGCUCCUUGUACCCUGUAGCAUACCUGCAGGGCCUUCCAUGCAGAGGUGGGUUUGGAGCUAGGGAGGGAAGCAUUCUCAAGGAUGCUCAGCCUGCCACCAGCCUGUCUGUGGCACUCAGGCUGAACGAGCCCCAGCCUCUUUCGAUGGGGUUCUUGCACUUGUCCCUUGUGUAGGGACAGAAUCUUCCUGUGCAGCCCAAGUACUAAGUGAGAGAUGUCUAGAAACCCAAAAGAAUUUAUUUCUGUGCCCUUCACUGCUCAGCCUGCUGGUGAUUGUUUACCUAUUGCUACAUUGGGUCUGAAGUUCACGUAGAGCUGAACUCAGGCUGGAGUUGCCGUCAUGUCUCGGUUGAUAUUAAAGUGACACUGUGCACAGCUCCCUCUCUGUCUGAGGCCUUCACCCACAUGCGCGGUGUGUUUGCCUCUCCCUGCUCCAUCUGCAUUCAGUUACCACUCCUCCCCCAAUCGGCACAGGCCCUGCCGUGUCUGCCAUAAAGAAAUUCUGAUUCUGAGCUGACAUGCCGGGGAUGGCCACCCACCCUGAUGUCAUGGGACUGGAGAGCAGCCUCAGUACAAGUUCUUCCUGCAGGUGUGACUGUGUGUUGUUCUGGUCUUCCAAUACUGGGGGGAUGGUGAUGCCCAUACCUCUUGCUUCUAAAGAAUGUAUUCUUAUAAGAUAAUACUGCAGAGAUUUUAUUUUUUCCUUACAGACACUACCUUGCAUGCAGGGCUGUGGGCAGUUAGGGUUUUGGCCGUCAGUAUUAGGGGGUCUGAAUGGCCCAAUCCCUUUGCCUUCUGGCUGCAGGCUUAUAGCCUCAGUGCUGGCUCAGGGGCCGGCUUACCCAUGUCCUCCAGACUGCACCUGUCAUGUCUCCUCGCCAUCAAACUCUGGUUUUCCUUCCCCACUUUAGAGGCACUUUGAUUCCUGGGAGCCAGAAAAGCCCCAGGUCCCAGGGAGGGAGUUCCCACCUGGAGUUUGCUUUAGUGUCCUGCAGGUGAGAGAGCCUUUGCCCAAGGGCUCCCCCAGAGUACAAAGCUGUAUCUAAGUAACACCCUGGGCCUUCCUAACACCCAGCACUUGGAUGGCCCCUCUGGGCCUUCCCAGUUCCCUACUCUGAAGCAUACCUCAGCGCAGGACCACGGUGUCUGUGCAAUGGAAAGCCCGUCUCACGCACAGUCACUGAACAGCAACUGAGACGGCCAUGUUCCCAUUGGCAGGCACAGGCGCCGUCUGUCCACACAGUGGAUGCAUCCCUCAUUCAGAGUGGCCAUGCCUCCAAGGAACUUAGGGCAGGAAGCAAUACUUCAGAAUUGAAUGUGUGUAAAUAGAUGCUUUGAUUUGCAAUCACUAUGUUCUUCUUGGCCCCAGGUCAGAUCCAAUCAUCUAAGUAUAUAUGCAUAUAUCAAAAAGAAGCACACGUAAUUCUCCCCAGUGCAAACAAAUGUAGGACAUCAGUUAGGAAAAACUUAAAUAGCUUCAAAAGUCACAUCCAUGACCUGCUACCCACACAUGACCCCGUGACCCCGGCUUCCCUCGUGGAGACGCAGCCUGCACGUUUGCACGUGGCCUGCACAGCCAAGGGGCAGCUUCCAGCUGCAUUGGCUGCGAAACUACUUUCCAAAGGCGUCUGCAUCUGCAUCGCUUGAUUUUCAAAGUAUGCAUUUGGGGGCGGGUCAUUUCUCAGAAAAAAAAAAAUCUCACCAUGCCUGGAAUCUGAAAUUAAAUCAAGCAGGAACCAACCACUUGUGUUUUCCAUCUUUGCUGUUUUCAAAUUGUUAACUAUAAUAUAAAUUUCAAAAUGCAGCCAUUGGGAAAAAAAAACAGAUAUUAAAAGAUUCUAAACUAUAAA